AUGGUCUUCGCCGCCACUCUCCUCGUCCAGGCUCUCCUCGCCACCGCCGCACUCGCAGCUCCCCGCAAUGCCAACAGCGGUCUCGCUCGUCGUAUCGCUGAGCGUCGCUCUGGAACUCGUCAGUCCACGCCUAUGGUGGCUUCCGAAGGCCCUGCUGCUCUCGCUGCCGCCAGCUCGAACGUCACCCACCCCCAGUUCAGCUCUAACUGGGCCGGCGCCGUUUUGGUUGAGGGUGCUAACACCUUCAAGGGUGUGACCGGAACCUUCGUCGUCCCCACUCCUCGUGUUCCCUCCGGUGGAGGCUCUGGCACUUUUGCCGCCUCUGCCUGGGUCGGUAUCGACGGUGAUACUUGCGGAACUGCUAUCUUGCAGACUGGUCUCGACUUCACCGUUUCUGGUGGUCGUGUCUCCUACGAUGCGUGGUUCGAGUAUUUCCCCGCCUUUGCCACCGACUUCACUGGCAUCACCAUCGAGGCUGGCGACACUGUCACCGUCACCGUCGCCGCUUCUUCCACCACCUCCGGUACCGCGACCAUCACCAACGUCAGCCGUGGCCAGACCGUCUCCAAGGCUCUCACUUCAUCCGCUCACCUCUGCCAGGAGAACGCGGAGUGGAUCGUCGAGGAUUUCGAGGAGGGUUCCUCCUUGGUCCCCUUCGCUGACUUCGGCACCGUCACUUUCACCAACGCGCACGCGACCACGUCUUCGGGGACGACUACCCCCGCCGGAGCGACCAUCAUUGAUCUCGAGCAGAACGGAGAGGUAUUGACGAGCGCUUCGGCGGGCUCUUCGUCGGUCACGGUCACCUACACUGCUUAA